AUGUUCGCAGAAGAGCAUAAUCAUACCUGGCAGUGGGUGUCCAUCAACUUCAAUCCCAUCGUCUCCGCGACACCACAUUUACCUAGCACAGGCGACAUACCUGACUCUGGUCAGCUGUCUACCUUUCUUCCCACACAAUUGGGCAUUAUUUCACAAAAAGACACUGGAAUCCCAUGCAGAGUCCAUACUUCCACUAUCUUCCUUAAUGUUGGAGUAGCUCUCAAGGAUGUCACCUCUUUGGCUGACAAUCUGAGUUGCUUUCGCUCAUUCAACUUGGCCUUGCAUUAUAUGCACAAAGCAGGCUGGGUCCAUCGCAAUUUCAGUGUCAGGAACACAAUUUGGGUUGGGGGUGUGGGGAAGUGGGGUGACUUCGAGUACACAAAAGAGAUAGAUUCAAACACUUCUAAUGAUGGAACAAUGCAUUUCAUGGCAGUGGAAGUAGAAAGCCAGAAUUACCUUUUCUUCCCACGUCAUGCACGCCAUCUGGACCAACUUUCAAUUUGCAUGAAUUUCCUGCACAACAUUGAAUCCAUAUGGUGGGCAUUUACCUGGAUUUUAUUUUAUCACACGGACACGAAGAUGGUGAACACUGACCAUUCCUUUGAUGCACAUGCUCAGUUGAAAGAAUACCAAGUGGCCUUCCCUGGUUUCUUCGGCCAGACAUCACGCCGGGACUUCUUCCUCUACACUGGAUGA